CUUUGAGACAACGACAGUCUGUUUGUGUCUUUGAUAUGAUCCGCGGAGAUCGUUGACGGAUACUCAGGCUCAUCUCGACUGGCUCAACGGUGCAAAACACCAAGACAACAUGUCGUUCAUCGAUGAAUGGGAGGACGGAAUCGGCGCUCUUCUCACGCGUUUCCCCACACCACUGGCGUCUCAGGAGGCCUUUGCUCCUGGGCCUUUGGGGAGAGACACCGUCCUUCCAUGUAACGAUAUCCAACCCGACCCGCUCCAGUACCACGCAUUAUCGCCCGAGAUCUCGCCAGGAAAAUCCCUGCAGCCUGCUGUACGAGAAGAUGCUCGGUCCUCGCAGAGACGACCGUCCACUGCAUCGUCGUACGUAUCCAGCCGCAGCAAAUAUCCUCCGCCGUCGAAGCCGUUGCCACCCCUGCCAGCAAGGUCUUCCCAGCGCGUUCCAUCGCAUGACUCAUUCUCGUCGCUGGACACCCGUCACUUCUCGCAGUCGUCAAAGGCAACAUCGGCGUUUGAUUCGGUGUCGGUUCGCUCACCAGUGCACCCGCUGCACCCAUCCUACCCACCUCCAGAAGUCCCGGACGAGCUCAAAGGCAGUGCAUCGUCAGUUGAUGUGGCAUUCCUGGCGAGUUUUGAGUCCGACAAGAAGAGGAAAAACGGUAUUCACUAUUUGGACUUGUCCUCAACUUCAUCCACACUCGCUACCAAGCACGGAAAAAAUGUGAUUCGAAUCUGGUCAGUGUCGACUGGAACCGUCCAAAGCACCAUCAAAUUCUCUUCCUACACGGAAGCACAAUCGCGGUCUCGAGAAUAUCUCAUCCGCAGCCACGCCAUUCUCUCCGAGCCGUCCGGCCUCAUCGCCAUAGCCACCCGGUUCGGGCGGUCUAUUGACGUCUGGAGAUGGACCGAUAUGAAAUGCCUCCAGUCAAUCGAUUACGCAGAUCGGUGGGCUGCAUGCCAGUUUGAAUCCUACGAAACAGGUCGCGGUGCACUGGCCGUAUACCACGGCGAAAAUAGCUCUAUCGACGUCUACACUGUUGACCAAGGGAAGAAGCCAUUCGCAAAGAUCCGAACCAUCGACCUUCGGAAGGCCGAUCUGCCCUGUGCGUUUCAGUACCCGGAAUUGGCUCUAUCAGCGACGAGCCCCAUGCUUGUCGCAGCUGCAGGUCCGCGGCAAACACGCGCGGGACAUCCACCACCGGACAGGGAGAUUUUACUGGGCGCAUGGGAAAUUCGCAACACAGACCUUUCGAAUUUGCCAUACAAGCUGAUACGGCCUUGGCAGCACACGGAGUUGGACACGGCGCUUCCAUGUGAACUGGCUACAUAUGGCAGCGCUGUUGUAUCGAUUUGGAUCCCCGCUAGCUAUCGGGUAAUGACCAUGCCUGCCUCUGAGGGUGGUAGUGGUUAUUACCUAUCUCCCGCAUCAGUCCCGCAUCGAUAUGUCCUGGUGUGGGAUCUUGUGUCGAACUCGACACGUACCUUCAAAAUUCCCAAUACAACUUGUUGUAUCUCACCAGACUGUCGCCUGGUCGCGUACUGCCAGGCGAACAGAAACAAUAUGGGCGGUCGAGGAUGCCUGGCUAUCUUAGAUGUCAUCACAGGCAAGGAGAUUUGGUGUUGGCCAGAUCCGGAUGCCACUGCGGUGGACAGUGGCCCAAAGGCCGGGUUCGAGCAAUUUGAGAAUCUGGACAAGGUCUCUGAGCUCAGAUUCUCAGGCGAUGGAAAGUUUUUAGUGCUGGGAGACGUGGAUGGCCAAAGCUGCAUGUAUAAGAUUGUGUAGGAACAUGUAACAAACUCGUGAUCACUAGGAGAUCUCAAAAAAUAUGACAUAGUCUCAUCAAGUAAUA